AUGCUCGGGUAUCUGCUUCGAGAAACAACAGAAUAUUUAUCCUCUGUCACGUUCAAGGAUGCCAAGAGAAGCAUUGACACACCCACAGUCUGUCCACAGCGGGAUGGAUUUCCCACCCUUGACUGCACUCCCGGUUCGCCGAAGGCAUCCUACCCAGCCCCUCGCACCCCACCAGGAAAUCCAGGGAAGAAACUGGAUCGCAUUAUCCCGCAACGCGCCCCUGCCAAGUCGCUUAACGCCAAGAGGCUGCGUUUGGGUUUUCCCUUCCAGGGCAACCCAGGGGAACCUUGUCCUAAGAAAGCCACAUUGGCUAAAGUUGUGCCAACCCCAAAUAACGGAUCAGUAGAACUAGUGCCACUCCACAGAGACCAGGGUGAGGAUGGGCAGGAGGCUCUUUCCUUUGAAUUUCAGAAAAUCAAAUACUCGUAUGAGAGAGACGGCAAGAAGCAGUUUCUUCCUGUAGCUUUCCCUGUAGAACAUCCCCUUUGUUACUACCAGAACGCCCGAGGCUAUCAGGAGGACAAAGAUAUCCGAGCGGCUGAGAAGAAAUAUGGUACAAACAAGGCUGAGAUGGUGGUGCCGGAGUUCUUGGAACUCUUUAAAGAAAGAGCUACAGCUCCAUUCUUCAUAUUUCAGGUGUUCUGCGUGGGUUUGUGGUGCCUGGAUGAAUACUGGUAUUACAGUGUUUUCACCCUCUCCAUGUUGGUUGCAUUUGAAGCUUCUCUGGUCCAGCAGCAAAUGAGGAACAUGUCGGAGAUUCGAAAAAUGGGCAACAAGCCAUACACAAUCCAGGUUUACAGAAACCGCAAGUGGCGCCCCAUUUCCAGUGAUGAGAUUAUUCCAGGGGAUAUCGUUUCCAUUGGCCGAUCUCCUCAUGAAAAUCUAGUGCCGUGUGACGUGCUGCUGUUACGUGGAAGGUGUAUUGUAGAUGAAGCUAUGCUGACGGGAGAGUCUGUGCCACAGAUGAAGGAGCCUGUGGAGGAUCUCAGUCCAGAGCACAUCUUGGACAUGCAGACAGAUUCCCGCCUCCACAUCAUAUUUGGGGGUACAAAAGUGGUGCAGCACAUCCCGCCCCAGAAAGCCAGCACGGGACUGAAACCUGUCGAUAAUGGCUGCGUGGCGUAUGCUCUGAGGACCGGCUUCAACACCUCUCAGGGGAAAUUGCUACGUACAAUCCUCUUUGGGGUGAAGAGAGUGACAGCCAAUAACUUAGAGACCUUCAUUUUCAUCCUGUUCCUGCUGGUCUUUGCCAUUGCCGCUGCAGCAUACGUCUGGAUUGAAGGCACCAAGGAUCCUAGCAGGAACCGUUACAAGCUCUUCCUGGAGUGUACUUUAAUACUGACUUCGGUUGUUCCACCUGAACUUCCUAUCGAGCUCUCUCUGGCUGUCAACACCUCCCUCAUUGCUUUGGCCAAGCUCUAUGUGUACUGUACGGAGCCCUUCCGCAUCCCCUUCGCAGGCAAAGUUCAAGUUUGCUGUUUUGACAAAACUGGCACAUUAACCAGCGAUCACCUCGUAGUGAGAGGAGUAGCUGGGCUCAGGGAUGGGAAGGAAGUGACACCGGUAUCUGACAUUCCUGUAGAAACCCACCGAGCGAUUGCUACGUGCCACUCGCUCGUGCAGUUGGAUGACGGGACGCUGGUGGGAGAUCCCUUGGAGAAGGCAAUGUUGAUGGCUGUGGACUGGACCCUGACCAAAGAUGAGAAAGUUUUCCCCCGAAGUAUUAAAACUCAGGGACUGAAAAUUCACCAGCGCUUUCAUUUUGCCAGUGCCCUGAAAAGAAUGUCUGUCUUGGCGUCAUAUGAGAAGAUCGGCUCGACUGAUCUCUGUUACAUUGCAGCUGUGAAAGGGGCCCCAGAGACGCUGCACAGAAUGUUGUCUCAGUGCCCAAGCAACUAUCACGCUGUCCACACGGAAAUUUCACGUGAGGGGGCAAGAGUGCUGGCCCUUGGCUACAAAGAACUGGGGCACCUCACGCACCAGCAGGUGAGAGAGAUGAAGCGUGAAGCUUUGGAGUGUGAUCUUAAAUUUGUUGGAUUCAUUGUGGUUUCCUGUCCUCUCAAAGCCGACUCCAAAUCUGUCAUCAGGGAGAUCCAGAACGCGUCACACCACGUAGUGAUGAUAACGGGAGACAAUCCUCUCACCGCCUGCCACGUGGCCCGGGAGCUGCACUUCCUCCAGAAGGAGCACACCCUCAUUCUGCAGCCUCCUGCGAGCAAAGACUCCAGCUGGCAGUGGCAGUCCAUCGACGGCGCCGUCGUGCUCCCGGACUUGCCAGCCUCUUUGCGGGAGUUGACACAGCAGUACGACCUGUGCGUAACCGGGGAAGGUCUCUCUCACCUACAGUCUGUGAACAGGCAGCAGCUGCUGAGGCUCAUACCGCACAUCCAGGUGUUUGCCAGAGUGGUGCCAAAGCAGAAGGAGUUUGUAAUCACUACUUUGAAGAGCCAGGGCUACGUCACGCUGAUGUGUGGGGAUGGCACCAACGACGUUGGAGCUCUGAAACAUGCAGAUGUGGGAGUGGCACUUCUGGCAAACGCUCCUGAGAGACUGCCGGAACGGAAGAGGAGAACUCGGGAUGGACCCAGUGACGGGAGGCCUGUCCUGCCGCUGGUGGGGAGCGGGACUGUGAAGCCCACCUCCCGUGGUGCCAAGCACAGAGUCAUGUCCCAAAGAGAGGAACAGCUUGCCAUCCAGAAGGAGCGGAUCAAUCAGGUCUUGAAGGAUUUGGAAGAGGAGCGCGUACCGGUGGUGAAACUGGGUGACGCCAGCAUCGCAGCCCCCUUUACCUCCAAGCUCUCUUCCAUUCAGUGCAUCUGCCACGUGAUCAAGCAAGGUCGUUGCACGCUAGUGACAACGCUCCAAAUGUUCAAGAUCCUUGCCCUGAACGCCCUGAUCCUUGCUUACAGCCAGAGCGUCCUCUACUUGGAAGGGGUGAAGUUCAGCGAUUUUCAGGCAACUCUGCAGGGUCUGCUGUUGGCUGGCUGCUUCCUUUUCAUCUCCAGGUCGAAGCCUUUGAAGACGCUUUCCAAGGAGCGCCCGCUGCCAAACAUCUUCAACCUCUACACGGUCCUGACAGUGCUGCUGCAGUUCCUCGUGCAUUUCCUCAGCCUCGUUUACCUGUACCGCGGCGCCCAGGCCCGCAGCGAUCCCAAACAGGAGCAGUUUGUGGAUCUGUACAAGGAGUUUGAGCCCAGCCUUGUCAACAGCACCGUCUACAUCAUGUCGAUGGCAAUGCAGAUGGCCACGUUUGCGAUCAACUACAAGGGCCAUCCCUUUAUGGAGAGUCUGCGGGAGAACAAGCCUUUACUGUGGAGCAUCGUCCUCUCGGGACUCGCCAUCGUGGGCCUUCUCACGGGCUCUUCGCCAGAAUUCAAUGAACAGUUUGGCUUGGUAGAAAUCCCUACCGAGUUCAAGAUUGUGAUCACGGAAGUGCUGCUGGCUGACUUCUUCCUCGCCUUGUUAGUGGACCGAAUUCUUCAGUUUCUGCUGGGGAGCGCAAAACUUAAAGUGCCUUCCUGAGAGGGAUCGCGAGGUCCU